AUGUUUGACGAACUAUUCCGACGUCACUCGAUAAUAGAUCGACUCGAUCAAAAGUCGCUAUAUGAAGAAGAAUGCCGUCGUCUAAUAGGCAUCGUCGAACACCUCACCGAACAACGUAAAGAAACCAUCGAAGUAAUACGCACGACCAAUACUUUUAUUAGCGAUCUGAUCCUUUCCCUGCAGUCGCACAACCCUCAAAAAAAGACCCUCACAUCGAAUCCCAAUGGUGCAGAGAAUGAUCAGAGUGGAUUAUUGGACACGAUUUCGAAGCAAAUAAAUGAAAUGCAGAAAGUAAUUGAUGACAAUCAGGAAAGCGUUGAGGGAGAGGAGUUUGUAGAAGUUGAUAUCAAUGGUGAUGAAAGGGAGAGCUCAUCUUCAAGACAAAAUCUUUCAAAUAGUAAUGAUGAACUCGUCCAAAAAUACAACGACGAGGGUCUGAAAACGGAACUUGUGAUCCUCCAAAGUCAGAUAAACCGUCUCAAAGUUGAGCAAACUAAAAUAACCGAUUUACUAGAAGAUCACAAACAUUGUAAAUCCUCAUCUUCAUUGAAUAAAAGUAGUGGUGGGGAUUAUCGCAGAAGAUCACCUGCACAGAUUCAAAUUGAGGAUGUCGACUGUGAUGGUAACGACGAUGGUGAAGAGAAUAGUUCGUCGUCACGAGGAAGCUUCGGAACCAAAUUAAGACGAAGCACAUACCUAGAAAACGAGACCUAUACUGAUUUGUUGAAACGACAGGAUAGAGAGAUAAAUAAAUUAAGGCAAAAAUGCAAAGAGUAUGAGGAAACGAUCAAAACCUCGAAAUCUUCUAGAAGAAGUGACGAUUGUAGUAUAGAAGUUCACAACACUAGCAAGAAUAAAGAAGGGAAUUCGAGUUUUAAGUGUGACAUCAAAAAACUUCAGAAAACAUUGCAAAACUUCACAUCGAUAACCAAUACCAAUACCGAGGUCAGCCAGGAGCAAGCGAACUCCCUCUUGGAGCUGUAUCAAUUGGAUACUAUAAGAUCCGAUCCGAAAAUUUCAAAGAAAAGAUUAAGCUGCGCGUUAGAAGCACAGAUCGUCAAACGUCUCAUCGAGCAAUUGGACGGCUAUUUCUCCAUCAAUGAUUCGACCGACAAUGCGGGAGAUUAUGAUGAGGAUAAUCUAGAAUUGGACAUAGUGUUCACCACUGAUAAACUCACGACCUUGAUGACAAAAUUCGUGCAACGGCGGUCGAACUGUGACGAGUUGGCAAAGCAAAUUCCGAAACGGAUCAAGAAAGUUGUAUAUGAAAUGAUGAGCAAGCAUGCAUUUUCGCUAAACUCAAAAACAUUUGAUGACAGCAAAGUUCGUUCUUUUGACAAUACAAACCACCCAUUCAUUGCAUCGCUGGUACAGCAAUUAGUGAAUUUCAUGGAUCAAUAUAGAACCAUCCGACAUUCCGAAGGAUCAAUAAAUGUACAAAGCGAGGCCGAAAAGCUCAUCAGAGAGUUCAUUUCAGUGAUGUGGUUCAGGACAAAAACGCUGGAUCCUGCGCCUCAGAUGCAUUAUUAUCCUAAAGGGUCUGGUGUAGAUGCAAUGUAUAUGAAGGAGGAUAUUACUAAUGUAAGAGAUACAGGGAAGGGUGUGAUGAUAAAUGGCGGAGACAAGGGUGCCGUGAAUAAUGUGAUUAAUGGAUGGGAUAAGCAAGAGAAUUUCAGUGUGGAGAUUUGCUAUUUCCCGGCGAUAUUUGACGAGCAAACGAACACAGUGUACAGUAAGGCACAGGUGCUAACUAGGAAGUCGUGA